GGAGAGGUGGAGGCGGUUGUGUGUGGUUAUUGUUUCUUUUGUCUGGAAGCUGGAGAAAUGCCCUAGUCAACUAAGCUUGGAAACAGUGAAAAGAGGGACUUAGUGGACAGAAGGAGGGGCUUGCCCUCCCCCUCCCUUCCCACAGUGGUUUAUAAAAGGAGCUGGAGUAACAACGGUCUGCAGUUGGAGCCCAUGACAGUACUGUACAGCGGAGCCAGGAUUUGAGGGAGGCAGUCACCAUCCCAGCCUACAGCGCCCAACCUUUUGCCCUUGCAAAGGUGCUUGAGAGCCCUCUGAAGAUCGGGUAGCUAAAUAUAUUCACAUGGUCUAUAGAACCUUUUGAUUUCUACUGUUUCUCCUCUGUAGAGAGUCUUUUUGUGUGAAUAAAAUUUUAAUUAUAGUACUGGGAUAGAAAGAUGAGGUAGUUUUGAGUUUCCCCUCUUUAAUGGGGUUUCGUUUAUGAUGGGGUUGUAGCUUUGAAAAGCAUCCAAAAUAGUUCAGGAUAAAUGAUUACACUAUUCAGAAAGUCCACACAAAAGUGUGAUGCUCUUUAAUCCACUAUGUGUAGAAAGUACAUUGGACUUCCUAGAAACUGGUUCAGUGCUUUUCGCAAAGCUGCUUUUUCAAACUUCCUUUUUCAAGCCUCAGCCUGAAAUAUUUUGGGGGGUUUGUGAGAGUCCUAAUGACUCAUCAGCAGCUUCCCAGCCCCCUGCUGGUCUCUGUACAGGCUGGGCAGAGCCUGUGAGCAACCGGUGGGAGUCAGAGUGCCUUGUUAUCAUCACGAGAUUUAUCACGCCCCUCCUUCCUCACUCUUAGGCUUUCUGCCUUGCCGCCUCCUCUUAAAGAAGCACGAGGCACAUUCUGGCAUUUGGGGGAUAUCUGUGUUUUAUGACAGACGGAACUACCUUAAGAGUUCUCAUCCCGCAAGUCCGAGUAACUGAAACGUCAGUUGAAAGAGGCAGUUUCCACUUUCUGUUGAUCUCUUAAUGAAAGUACCAGACUGAGCCAGUGUUCUGAGCCUGCACUCCAUGAGAGGAUGAGUAAAGGCUGAGACCUUCCUAAGAGGGCAAGAGACAGGGGCAGAUCGGAGGAGGGAAGACCAGCAGCCAGCGGCGGCGGCAGGGGAAAUUGAGAGCCGUGACAUCGCACCUUUCCCUCUUGUGCCCAGAAGUGAGUGAGGUAAAGAGAGGCAGAAGAGAGGAGGAAGGAAGAGAAAGAUUGAGAGAGAGAAAGAAAGAGGACGAUGUGUCAGUCAAGCACCCUGCAGGGACCAGAGCUGAACUCAGGGAAAUGGUGAGAUGCUGCAAAGCUUUAUCUAACCCUCCUCGUUCUUGCUGCAACCUCCACAAAGUUAGAAUUCAUGUCCGGAGGCUGAGCUCAGGGAAUGGUGGCAGCAGCGGCAGCUGUGCUGGGGAGCAGCACCCGCAGCUGGAAAAUCCGGGCCCAGGUGGGGGCACCCCAAAUAGGAGAGCCCGUUUCAGGUUGCAAUUUCCCCAGCUGGCCCUGAGGCGGAGGUUGGGCCAGCUGAGCUGUAUGUCUAGGCCCGCUCUGAAACUCCGUUCUUGGCCUCUGACUAUUCUCUAUUACCUUCUGCCUUUUGGUGCUCUUAAACCCUUGACCAGAGUGAGAUGGAGGCCUAUGAGCAGGGUUUCCCUGUACAAAUCUGUGCCAACACGACUUCUUUCCCGAGCCUGGGGGCGCCUGAACAGUGUUGAGCUGCCCACCUGGCUCCGGAAGCCGGUCCUCAGCCUAUACAUCUGGACGUUUGGUGUCAACAUGAAGGAGGCUGCUGUGGAAGACCUUCACCACUACAGAAACCUUAGUGAGUUCUUCAGGCGGAAGCUAAAGCCCCAAGCCCGACCCGUCUGCGGCAUCCACAGUAUGAUCAGUCCAUCCGAUGGCAAGAUUCUCAGCUUUGGACAAGUGAAGAACUGUGAAGUGGAGCAAGUAAAAGGCAUCACUUACUCGCUAGAGUCCUUCCUGGGUCCUCGUGCUGAUAAAGAGAACUGUAAAACCAAGCCAGCCUCCUCAUUCCAAAAGCAGCUGGUAACAAAGGACUGCAAUGAGCUCUAUCACUGUGUGAUUUACCUGGCGCCUGGAGACUACCACUGCUUCCACUCACCGACUGACUGGAAAGUGUCUCACCGGCGUCACUUCCCAGGCUCCCUGAUGUCUGUGAAUCCAGGGGUUGCUCGCUGGAUCAAAGAACUCUUCUGCCAUAAUGAACGCGUUGUACUUAGUGGCUACUGGAAGCACGGUUUUUUCUCUCUGACUGCAGUAGGAGCCCAAAAUGUGGGAUCAAUCCGCAUCUAUAUUGAUCAGGAUCUGCGUACAAAUAGCCCCAGCUACAGCAAAGGCUCAUACAACGACUUCAGCUUUGUAAACAACAACAAUCAUGAGGGCAUCCCCAUGAGGAAGGGAGAACAUUUAGGAGAGUUUAAUCUAGGCUCAACCAUCGUCCUGAUCUUUGAGGCACCAAAGGACUUUAACUUUUAUCUGAAGCCUGGCCAGAAAAUCCGCUUUGGAGAGGCCUUAGGAUCUCUCUAGACUCCACUGUCAGGGGGGCUUUUUAUAUGCAACAGGGACUCAAUUCGUAAAAGGAAAAGUUUCUCUAAGGUGGGAGUAUUGCUCAGCAGGACCUGAGUGAGGAAACUAAAGCCCCCUUGUUCUUAGAACAGGGGGAUGCCAGCAGUGCAUUCCCACCAUGAGAGCUGCAGACAUAUCAGGGAUUGUGGCCUUUAAGAAUGUUGACCAGGGUGGCUUUUCUGCUUCUUCCCUGUGCCUGCAGAAAUAGACAUUUCUCCCCAAGACGCCAUUUUCAGCCUGCUUUUGCACCAAACGAUGAAGUCUUGGUUGAAAUGCUGCAGCCAGAGGGAGGAAGGAGAGCAGAGAUUCCUGCUUUCAAGGGAUACUGUCAGAUUGACCCAUGCUCCAUAUUUUCUAAUCACGUCUCUCACCCAGCUGUAUUCUCAAUUUAUGUUUCACACCAGACUGAACAGUCCAAUGCCAAAACCAGGAGACUCAGCAGAGUGGAAUAUAGAAACGUUAAAGAGUUCAUCUGGGUGUGCCAUUGUUUUAGAAACCUCUCUUAUAAAUCUGGUACUAUCCCUUUAAAGCAGAAGUCUGCACUGUAUUUUUAAACCUCAAACACUGUGUCCACAUUCCACAUUUGACUUGAUCUUGUUUUUGUUUUUAAGAAACCUAUUUGUAGCUCGAGCUCACUCUAACCCGGCCAUUCUGUAUUGCUAUUCUGGCCUUAAUCUUUUUUUGUUUUAUAUGGGAAAUAUCUAGUCUCUUGUUAAGCUGGGGACGUGAAAGAAACCAAAUUUAUUAUUUUUUCUCUGCAAAGGCAGUGGGAAGUCUCUUGCUGUGGACAGCAGUGAAAGCCUCUUUCUUCUCCCUGUGCAGCUACUGCCAACUUGCCAGAACUCAAGGACUGGGGGAGAAGAUCCUGUCAGCCCAAAAGCAAAAGGAGUAAUCCUCCUUUUCUCAUGUGUGUUAACCAUUUUUCCCACUCUGCUGGACUUGCAAAAUACUUAAAGGCCAAAUUUGCCAAAGCCAGCUUGAGAGUUAUAUUCUGAACCUUCAUCCCACACACAUCCAAGUGGGGUUCAGUGGCAAAACAUUAAGCACUGCUGUGUAGACCAAUAAUAAGGGGAAUCUUAAAACUUACUAUGCCUUUUUUUCCUGGGAGGGGAUUCUUAGAAAUUGGUGCCAAAGGGGGGGGGGCAGUUGAAAAGGGAUUGGUUUAUUUAUGAUGUCUGUGUUUUGUUCUUGACCUUAAGAAACCAAGUUGUGAACAUGGCUGAGGCUCAGGAGUGUUGAGCUCAUUUGGUUUUAAAACGGCAUCCCUCCUCCUCCUUAUGCUUUCUUUGCUUUUAGUCUUACCUUGUACACACACACACACACACACACACACACACACACACAC